CUCUGAUUGGUGCAUACUAUCGAGCGAAGCGUCGCCACAAGAUCCGACACACGCUGUGGCAUGUACGUCGUCCGUGAAGCACGCCGUCAUCUCAUGCGACUUGGGGCGUCGUUUGAGAUUGCAUCGAUCGAUGUCUCUUUGUGUCCAAGCCCCAACGCUUGCGCCAUGGUCGCGUGGCGCGUUGAUAGCGUCCCGCCGACCUCCUGCGCGCUGCCAGACAAUGCGACCGAUUGCACGGUUGCGUUUCGCCUGCACACGCUCCAAGAUGGCGUCGAGACCACGAGCGCCUAUGUUAACACUUCGUUUUUACCCUGGAGUGCCUCGCAGUACUUUUACGUAGCCGCCGCCUUGCCGCGGAAUGCCACGUCCAUCGAGUACCAAGUGUCGCUCCUCGUGCUGCACGAAGAUGACGCGACGCGAUCCAAGCGUGCGUGUCCGUCCUCGUGCUUUGGCGCCGCGAGCUUCUUCUCGAGUACCUCGGCAGCACUCGUCACGUCAUCGAUCGCGGGCGGCAACUCGACCGCGGUCAACGCCACGAUCGUGCGGCCACCGGACGCCGCGCCGUCCCCGAACCUCGCGCUGAUCAUUCUGGGCGCCGUGUUUGGCGCUUUGGUGCUGCUCAAGACGCUCCUUUUCCUCUUUGUGUGGGUGCAAGCGCGCAAGGCAUCGGCGCACACGACAGGUGACGACGACGACGCGUCCUCGGACGACGAGGCGAGUCACAAGAAGAAACUCAAGCAGCCGCGCUGGCGCAAGUUUGCCUCCACCGUCGCAAAGGAGAAGAAGAUGAAGGUGACCGCCAAGCCCGGCACGCUCGAGCACACGAUGCAAGUCAAGGUCCUCAACGACGAGUAUUAUCACCCCGAGACCCACGCCGUCGCCAAGUCGCUCUUGGACAUGAGCAGAAAGGCGCGCAUUGAGCUCAAAGCCGAGGAGCGCAAGGGCCGCGCGGCGCUGGAUGUGCACAUGACGCACAUGCAGCCCGACGAGGUGCUCCAGGGCCGCCACUUGGUCCUCACGAGCGAAAUGACGGAAGGCGUGCUUGUCUCGGUCGUUUCAAAAUCGGCGGCACUCUCUACGCGGUGGCUCUUUAUGAACAUUUCUCUGACACGUUUCAAGCUCAAGGCGUCGGUAUUGGGCAAACCGUCCAAGCCAAAAUUCAAGGGCAGCGGAAAGCGGUCGGUCGAGCUUGCCUCGCUGCGUGCCGUGACGCCGUUCACAGAUGCUCUACCUCCCACGUACAGCACUGACCUCUCGCGGCUGCACGCUCAAAUUAGCAAACGAAUCAGUGCAAAAGCAACCGCGACACCGACUGUCGUAGCGUCCCCGGACGACGAGGGGGCUCCGAUACCCGAGCGCACGCAGACAGAUGACGCAAGUCGGUGCAGCAUUUACGUGGUGCUCGUCGAGUUCGACAACAAACCCGAUAUUCUGUACGCGGUCGAGUCGGCCAUCGAUCAAGAGCAAGCUGUGUACACGUGGCAGCGCCUCAGCGAGAAAGCUAAAGCACGCGCCAACGCCCCCGCGCGCUUGAACUCGUGGUCGCUCGUCUCAGCCGAGAGCACCAAACGAUUGUCCAUCGCCGCCGAAGUCCGGCAAGCCAGCGGCGUCUUGGACGCCCCUGAGAUUGCACUGGUUCCCACCGAGACUCUUCCUGAUGCGGUCGCCUCAAGAGAUGCAGCAGAACCGUAAACGUAGAAUCGAGUAUCGUUUGUGUCGCUA